AUGGAUGAGCAAUACGACGUCAUUGUUCUGGGCACUGGAUUGACGGAAUGUAUUCUCUCGGGUCUACUGUCCGUUGAGGGCAAGAAGGUCCUCCACAUGGAUCGAAACGACUAUUACGGAGGAGACAGUGCUAGUCUCAACCUGACACAGCUCUAUCGGAAAUUCCGACCCGGCCAGGAGGCACCCACCGACCUUGGCCGUGACCGAGACUAUGCUGUUGACCUCAUUCCUAAGUUCAUCAUCGCCUCUGGCGAACUGACCAAGAUUCUCGUCCACACCGACGUCACCCGAUACCUCGAGUUCAAGCAGAUUGCAGGCAGUUUUGUCUAUCGCGAUGGCAAGAUCUCCAAAGUGCCCAGCACCGAAAUGGAGGCAGUAAAGAGUCCUCUCAUGGGCCUGUUCGAGAAAAGGCGCGCAAAGAAGUUCUUUGAAUUCCUUCAGGGUUGGAAGGAUGAUGACCCUGCAACCCACCAAGGGAUCGACCUCGACAAGGACAGCAUGAAGACUGUUUACGAAAAAUUCGGGCUUGAACCUGGCACCCAGGACUUCAUUGGACAUGCCAUGGCUUUGUAUCUCGACGACGACUAUAUCACGAAACCCGCACGUCCAACUUAUGACCGCAUCGUUCUCUACACUUCUUCAAUGGCGAGGUAUGGAAAGUCGCCCUACAUUUACCCGCUCUAUGGUCUCGGGGAGCUUCCUCAAUCAUUUGCCCGUUUGAGUGCUAUCUACGGUGGAACUUACAUGCUCGACAAGCAAAUCGACCAGAUAGUCACCGACGCGGAAGGCAACUUUGUUGGUGUGACCAGUGGUGGAGAAACUGUUAAAGCCAAGCAAGUCAUUGGGGACCCAAGCUAUUUCGGUGCUGGCGCGUCUUCCCAAGGCGGCAAAGUCAGGGUUGUUGAACACGGUCGUGUUGUCCGUGCUAUCUGCAUUUUGAAGCACCCCAUCCCCAACACGGACGACUCGGACAGCUGCCAGAUCAUCAUUCCCCAGAACCAAGUCAAUCGACGAAAUGACAUUUACGUUGCUAUGGUUUCGGCAACGCACAAUGUCUGCGCUAAGGACAUUUAUGUGGCCAUCGUCAGCACCAUCGUCGAGACCGACAACCCACAUCACGAAAUUGUCCCUGGUUUGAAUCUUCUCGGCCCCAUUCACGAGCAGUUCUUAACCGUCACCCCCUUGUACACCCCAACAUCCGAUGGCUCUGCUGACAACAUCUUUGUCACUCGCUCCUACGAUGCGACCUCACAUUUCGAGACUGUCGUGGAGGAUGUCCAGGAUGUCUGGAAGCGUGUUGUUGGAUCUGAUCUGGUUCUCAAGAAACGCGAAGUUGAAGUCCAAGAAUAG